AUGCACCUUGUCCUAGCCGCAGACAACACCGCUCACUCCACCACCCCAAACGGCAUCGUGGACGAUACCUCUUUCCUCGGUACCCCUACGCCUUCGUACGAGUAUCGCGACUGCGCCACUUCUCCCGCAGCAGCUCGCUUUCUAGAGCUUGCCUUUCUUCGUUUCCUUGAGGCCAAGAUGCACGGGUUCAUCUCCUCCAUCACCGGCUUAGCCGCCGGCGCUGCCCUUGUUGGACAUGCUGCAGGCAUCAACCUGAAUGUUCAUACGAGCGGUGGCAAUGCCACGUCCCCGUUCAUGUAUGGGUUCAUGUUUGAGGACAUCAACCAUUCUGGUGACGGCGGCAUUACUGGCCAGCUCCUCCGCAACAACGGCUUCCAGGGCGACGAUCAAACCCUGACGGCCUAUGGUGCUGUUGGAGAUACGACCCUGUCGGUCGACUCGGGCAAUCCGCUGACUUCUGCCAUUCCGCACUCACUUGCCGUUGCAGUGCCGGACGGCUCGUCUGGCCAGGUCGGCUUCAGCAACGAGGGCUACUGGGGUAUCCUCGUCAACGCCGACGUGUACUUCAGCUCCUUCUUCAUCAAGGGAGACUACUCCGGCCAAGUGACGAUUAAGCUCGUGGGCAAGGACAGCGGCACCGAGUAUGCCAGCCACUCGAUCGACGUCUCCAGCAACGGCGGCGCCUACACUUACUAUCAGUGCAACUUCCCGGUCAAGCAGGCUCCUGACGGCAACAACCUCUGGACUCUGACGUUCGAUGGCGGCAAGACUGCCGGCUCGACCCUCCACUUCGACCUCGUCACGCUCUACCCCACCACUUUCCACAACAGGCCCAAUGGCUUGCAGCCUGCCAUUGCUAAUGUUCUGGACGAUAUGGGUGGUACCUUCUUGCGCUUCCCCGGUGGCAACAACUUGGAAGGUGUUAGCCCCGAGAACCGCUGGAAGUGGAACGAGACACUUGGGCCGCUUCAGAACCGUCCGGGCCGUCAGGGUACCUGGACUUACCCGAACACGGACGCGCUUGGUCUGGUCGAGUACUUCGAGUGGUGCAUCGACAUGAAGCUCACGCCCGUCCUGGGUGUCUGGGCUGGCUUCGCUCUCGGCUCCGGCGGCAACACGCCCAUCACCGGCAACGCCCUGACUCCGUACGUCAACGACGUCAUGGACGAGCUCGAGUUCAUCCUCGGCGACCAGUCGACGCAGUACGGCGCCCUCCGCGCCUCGCUCGGCUACCCGGAGCCCUUCACGCUGCAGCACGUCGAAAUCGGCAACGAAGACAACCUCGGCGGCGGCUGCGACUCGUACCCGGAGCGCUUCAACGCCUUCCACCAGGCCAUCACGGCCGCCUACCCGUCCAUCACCAUCAUCGCCUCCACCGCCGACCCGAACUGCCUGCCCGCCACCCUGCCCGCGGGCACGUGGGCCGACUACCACAACUACGCCGACGCGCCGGACCUGGUCAGCAACUUCUCGCAAUUCGACCAGGCCGACCGCAGCAUCCCCAUCUUCGUCGGCGAGUUCUCGACCACGUACACCACGCAGACCGAAGAGGACUCGGCCGACCGCGACCACUACCCGUACAUGGGCGGCAGCGUCGCCGAGGCCGUCUACAUGCUCGGCUUCGAGCGCAACGCCGACGUCAUCAAGAUGGGCGCCUACGCCCCCUUGCUCCAGCUGUACAACGCCUCGCAGUGGACGCCCAACCUGAUCCCCUUCACGCAGAACCCCGGCGGCGUCGUCCGCACGACGUCUUACUACGUCCAGCAGCUCUUCGCCAAGCACUGGGGCAGCACCACGCGCGCCGUCGACGCCGACACGGGCUUCGGGCCCUUGUACUGGGCCGCGUCCGCGAAUGAGGGGCAGACGUUCCUGAAGAUCGCCAACUACGGCAACGCCGCUCAAACCGUCACGGCCCGCGUCGAGGGCGCCACCUCCGCCACCCUCAUCACCCUCUCCGGCGCCGAGGACGCCCAGAACACCAUCGAGGACGGCGAGAACGUCGUCCCCGUCACGACUACGCCGUCGUCUGACGGCAACGGCGGCUUCGAGCUGCAGAUUCCCGCGUGGUGCGUCGCCGUCCUCGUCGUCAAUGGCGGCAGCGAAGCCAGCGGCGGCGACACCACGAGCACCAGCACGGUUGUUGGUACUGAAACCGCAGCCUCGGGCCAGAACCAGGUCGUCACCCUCACCAGCACCGCCACCGGCGCUGCCGGCACUGUGACGCUGACCAGCCUGGCCACCGAGGAGGCCGAGGUCGAGACGCUGACCAGGACUGCGACGCGCACGUCGACCAUCACGGCUGGUGCUGGCAGUGGUGCCGCGCCGACGGUUGUGAGUCAGGAGUCCGUCGUCACGCUUGUCAGCACGUCGACGAGGACGGGCCCGCCGACGAAUAGGCCGACUGUCAGCGGGACGCGUGGGUGGUGGUUCAAGGAAGGUGGUGGGCCGCCGGGCCGCAGGGUGAGGAAUGAGGGGAGUGGGUGGUUUGGGUGGUGGAAGAAUAAGAAGGACUGA